AUGGCCAAGAUUUCUGAGAGGAAACCAAAUGACUGUGCCCACCCACCCGACCCAAAGCUUACCUUGAGCCUCUCCAUCCCCUUGCGGAUGUCCAACUGGAUAUCCUUUAAGAGGCCAGUUACUAAAAUUACAUCACAUCUGGGCAAUGAGGUUAGGUCUGACUACUGGGAGGAGAAUCUGGAGAAACCCCAACAACUGUGUUGGCAGAACAGGCUUCAAGGAGUCCAGGCCUACGGCAGCGUGGGGGAUCUUUUAAGUACUUUAGAUCUGGUCAAAGCCUUACAAAAACACAUGAGAGGCGGAACAGCAGGUGUUCACACCAAGCAGGCUUCAUCAUCGCCCUGCAUGGAGAUGGGUCCGGCCAAAGCAGGGUUGCAUGUGCCACCGUUCCUCUGCAAAGAAUUUCUGGUCACUGAGGAAGAUAUAAAGACCCAGGAAAAGAAGGUGAAGGCAGCAAGAGAGAGGCUGGCUCUAGCUCUGCUUGUGGACAGGCUCGCCAGUGAGGCGGAGAUGCAGAAGAGACUGAGAAAGGAGAAAUGA